AUGUCCGACGCCCCGCUGACCGAUGAUGCCAGAAAACACCUAGAAAAUCUACGAAAUAGCCUCCACGAAGCCGCAUAUGAAGAGGAUGAUGGGGGUAAUCGAAAAUACAAACACGAAGCGGUUGAGCCAUAUGUCACGCCAAUACUGAAAGCAUCUGGCCUUGAGGGCUGGAAAUUUACUGUUUGGAGAUUUCAGACAUCCCUUCAUUGGGAAAAGCUGCCUGGUGCUGUUAAGCUUUUUCUCAUUCGGCUAUUAUCGCCAGCUGCGCACAAUACAGGUGUACCGGCUUGCGCAUUACGGUAUAAACCCAUCCCGAAAGAUGGGUAG